AUGAGCCAUCAUAGUCCGAUACAGCGUCCUAGUGAGCCGUUUCCCGCUCCCAAGGGUCCCGACCCCCUGUCAAGCAACUGGAACUACGACAGCGCCAUCGAUCUCUUCUCCCUCAACACAAUGUUGCCGGAGACCUUCCCUCUGGAGAUCCCCAAUGAUAUGAUGGAUCCCAAGGGAUUCCCUGCCGAUUUCUUCGCUCCCCCGCCGGACAUCAGUGGCUUCACCAUCUCAAACCAUUCCGGUGAAGACUGUGCCUCCAUGUCUUCGGACCUCGAAAGCGACGACCAGUCCUGGUCUCCCACCUACGUUACUCCCGCAGACUUGCCCCAGCCCAACACGAGGUCCUCCGCUCGUCGCAGGACCAACCCCCAACCAAGCCCCCGCGAGUCUGCAACGACAAUAACAGCAACAAGGUGGUCAUCCAGUCCGGAAAUCACCCCCCAAGAAUACUCCGCCCCAGUCAUCACCUCACCGCAACCUGCCCCCUCGUCUCCGCCCACAUCCAACCGCAAGAUGGCCCGAAGUCUAUCCGGGGAUUCGCAUGCCAGCACGAGCGGGAGCGCCACAUCGGGACGCAACGCCGCCAAGCGUGCCGCGCACAACAUCAUCGAGAAGCGGUACCGAACCAACAUGAAUGCCAAGUUUGUGGCCCUGGAGAAGGCCAUGUCCGGCGGAAUCCAGAAGCAGACGAAGGGCGGAUCAGCCUCGUUAAAGAAGUCGGAAAUCUUGACCAACGCCAUCGCCUAUAUGCAUGAGCUGCAGGAGGAGAACAAGAUUCUUCACAAGGAAUUGGCCAUGUUAAAGCAAAACCUACCCCCAAACGGGAUGUGGAGACCUACAAAGUAA